AUGACUGGGAGAAAACGAGGCAUACCAAAUCACCCUGCACAGCAUUCAUUUGCCAUUGUCAAAUUUCAUUUACCUGGCAAUGCGCAUCAAUAUGAUAUUGCCCCUAUUGACUGGAUAAGAAAGUCAGGUAAUAGGAGUACGUGUUAUUGGCCUGGUGACGAAGAAGCCCGAAAUGGAAAACAGUUGAUAAAUCUAAUCACCAAGAAUGCCGAUAAAGAGGUGAUGGUUGAUAAAGAGACAUGGUUGGUCUUCACCAUUAGCAUCAUUGCCAAAUUUGACACAUACAAAGGGGCACAGGAUAAACUUAAAAACGUACUUGCUGGUGAGAUAGUUGUCAGCACCGACUUAGAGAAAAGAGGAAAGGGUGGCAGAAGCGAAGCCAAAAAACGCAAAGCGGCUGCUGCAACAUCCAGCUGCAUUUCUGUUGGUGCUACUGCAUCAUCGAGUCCUGUUCCCGGUCCUUCCACCGGUGCUCUUGUUUCUGUGACCGAUGAUGAAGCUGUGAAUGACGACUGGCUCAAUGGCGCAUCGUCUGUUGUCAGUUUUACGGGGCUCCCAGAAUUACUUACGUCUGAAGACGAUCACGGUGGAACCAAAGAAAAUGAGAAUUCUGCGGACGCUCUUCCAAGUAUUCCGCUACCUCCUGCAUUUCCCCCUCUUCGGAGGGCCAUUCCUCAUCACUUACCGUACGCAAGAAAAUCUGCACCACCAGUUGUGCCUGCCAACCCGAUGGAACUAUCUCAGACGGUUCCUUAUGAUUAA